GACACCUUUAUGACAAGAAUAAAGUGGACGGACUCGCACAUAUGUAGCCGACCGACAACCAGAAAUUUUUAUUGUAGCAUUCAAGGCGAAACAAUGCGAUGUCAGGACCCAGUGGGAAAAAUUACGGAAUAGCUUCGGACUUGCACGUGGACGAAAAUAAAGAAAGCAAUAUUGACCACUUCGUAAUUGAUACGGCUGUGGAUGAAAUAUAUUUUUGUGAGGACUGCAAUAAUGACUUCGAUAGCAUCGAGUCGUACAACCAGGCGCACAGUGGCCCCGAUGGCUGUGGGGCCACGGUCGAGGCCAGAUCCAAAGUCAUGGUUCAUGCAGUUGAGAUCAAAGAGGAGUUCGAAGACACCAUGGUAGAUAUUGAUUCCAUGGUCGUUGAGGAUGAUCUGGUUGAGGAGCUCGAUGAGGCGAGCGAACCGCAGUUGUGGGAGGUGCUGGAGGAUGACGGUCAAGUGAAUGUCAAAGUCGUCAAUGAAGCUGAAAUUGCAUCCGAAGUUGAGCCAGAGGAGGAGGAGGAGGAGGAGGAGGUGGAAGCUGAGGAAGUGGCUAAUAAAUCGGAACGUUACUUUUGCUUCGACUGUCACAGCAUAUUUGAGACUCGGCAGAGUGCAGAGGACCAUAGUUGUCCCCAAGGUGAAGCAAAUGGCGAAGCACGCGGCAAAAGCAGCAACGCCAAGCUAGCCAAGACACAGACGCCAAUGCGCCGAAAGGUCGCAGCUGCCGCGGCUUCCAGCAGCAGCAGCAACAACAGCAGCGUUACAGUGUGCGACAUUUGCAAGACGCAAUUCAGCUCGGCCAAGUGUCUCAAGUUCCAUAUGCGCAUUCACAACAAGCGCGCGCCCAAGUCCAUACAGGACGCUCUGCCCGUGGGUGCUCAUCAGCAGUACAAUGAACUGGAUCAAUUCUACUGUGAGAUAUGCAACAAGAGCUUCGAGCAGAACCUGUUGACGGUGCACAAGCAAAUGCACCAGAGCCAGGAGCAGUUCUUGUGCGGCACUUGCAAUCGAAAAUUCGAAAAUGCUACCAACUAUGAGAUGCAUUUGAAGAUUCACGAACGUGCGCUGAACAGCAAUAGCAAUAGCAAUGCCAAUAAAAAGCCUGCCUCUGCGAAGAAGGAUAAACCGGGAUUUGCCUGCCAAUAUUGUGAGCGUGUCUUCUCCCGGCCGUACGAGAAGGUGAAGCACGAGCGCGUUCAUACCGGCGAGAAGCCCUACAGCUGCGAGGUGUGCGGCAAGACCUUUCGCGUCUCCUACUCGCUGACGCUGCACCUGCGCACGCACACUAACAUACGGCCCUAUGUGUGCACCACUUGCAAUAAGCGAUUUAAAUCGUAUCAGGUCUAUUCGCAUCAUUUGCGCAUUCACAGCUCGGACCGCCUAUACGCCUGUGAUAGCUGCCCGAAGGCCUUUCGCACCUCGGUGCAGCUCUAUGCCCAUAAGAAUACGCACACGAAGCCGUAUCAGUGCGCCGUCUGCAAUCGGCCCUUUGCCUCGCUGUAUGCCGUCAAGGCGCACAUGUCAACCCACAGGACCAACGACGCCAAAGGCGUCAGCAGUGCCGCCAUCAAGAGCCAGCAGCUGGCGAACAAAUAUUGGUGCGUUACUUGCGGAGCGGAGUAUGCACGUCCCUUUGCCCUGCGUCUUCACAUGAAGGCCGCCCAUGGGCAUCCGGAUGAUGCGGACACACGAUUGGCCAAAGUGCCUGCUCCCGAAGAUGACGAAGACGAUGAGGACAACGAUGAGGAGAUUGUUGUACCGGACACCGAGACGGCCGUCCUCAUCGCAGCAGCCAAGGCCGAUUCAGCCUAUCUGGAUGCAGCCGCCAAUGAUGUGGACGUAAUGGGCGCUGUUCCCAAGUACGAGGAGUGCAUUGAGGUAUGCACGGAUGCGUUCGAUGUGGAGACAUUUCACAGCGAGGAGAUUAUCACCGACUGGCUAAAGUGAAUGAAAAUAAUGAUUAUAAAUAAUAUAUAUAAAGUAAUAAAGAAAAAGCCUUGCAAAAUA